ACACAGCACAUUCCCCAGCUUACUCACAUCCGUGCAGCAGCAAGACCGAGCGAGAGUGGCAGCCAGGGCACAGGCAAGGUGGUUGCCACGCACAAGAGGCCCUUAGCCACCACCUGCAAGGGCUAGCAGCAGGCAACUUUGCCCUCUGUCUCUCCUUCAGCGCCUUGCCCUCCUUGGGCUGCUGGGCACAUAAACUUUCUGCUGAAGGCGCUGAAUACCAAGGGGAUGCAUGAAGAGCUCUGUGCCCAUUAGAGCUCACUAGCAGGGGAUGGACAUGUAACAGGACCCCCUUUCCUUCUUCAAUGUGCUGCAGUCUCCUGUCUCACCUGCUCUUGACGCUGGAUUUGGGCUGAUCUCGUGCCCACAACACUCACAAGUGAAUCCGUCCCACCUACAGUUGAGGAUUACAAAAGAAAGGAUGCCUGGAGCAUGGGGUAGGGUCUGGAUCUGCCUGGCAGCUGUACAAAUGCUGUGCCCAUGCUGGGCUCAAGAUGAUGUUCCCCCAUACUUUAAGACUGAGCCUGUCCGGAGCCAAGUCCAUUUGGAGGGAAACCGGCUGGUCCUGACCUGCAUGGCAGAAGGGAGCUGGCCAUUAGAGUUUAAAUGGCUGCACAACCAAAAGGAACUGACCAAAUUCUCCCUGGAAUACAGAUACAUGAUCACGUCUCUGGACAGGACUCACGCUGGAUAUUAUCGCUGCAUUGUACGUAAUCGGAUGGGUGCAUUGCUGCAGCGGAAGACUGAAGUUCAAGUAUCAUAUAUGGGCAACUUUGAAGACAGCGAUACUUCCCUAUCUGUUUCUCAUGGAGAUGCGGCUGUAAUCAAUGCUCCCAACAUUGCCAGCUUUCCCCAACCCCAGGUGACAUGGUUCAGGGAUGGUAGAAAGAUCCCAUCCAGCAAUCGUAUAGCCAUCACCAAAAGCAAUACAUUAGUGAUUUUGUCCAGCGUGGCUCCAGAUACCGGGCGCUACUAUGUGCAGGCUGUCAAUGAUAAGAAUGGUGACAACAAAACUAGCCAGCCCAUCACUCUAACUGUGGAAAAUGUGGGUGGUCCUGCUGAUCCCAUAGCUCCCAUCAUAAUCAUACCCCCGCACAAUACAAGCGUGGUGACUGGCACAUCAGAGGUGUCUAUGGAAUGUGUUGCCAAUGCACGGCCACUCACUAAGCUAAACAUUGUUUGGAAAAAAAAUGGAGUUCACCUGACCAAUGGGGUGACUGAAUUUGGGCGUUGCCUAACAAUUUUGAACCCCGUUCUGAGUGAUGCUGGUUAUUACUCCUGUGAAGCCACUCUGCGCAGCAGCAGCGUCCCACCUGUGUCUGCCGGAGCCUACUUAACUGUGCUUGAGCCUCCCCAGUUUGUGAAGGAGCCAGAUAGACACCUGACUGCUGAGAUAGAGAAAGUAGUGGAGAUCCCUUGCCAGGCCAAAGGGGUACCCCAGCCCGUCAUAUCUUGGUAUAAAGAUGCUGUUCUCAUAGACAUCCGUAGAGAUGCCAGGUUCCGAUUGGUUUCAUCAGGUAGCUUGAAGAUCAGUGGGCUUAUUCCAGAGGACACUGGAAUGUUCCAGUGCUUUGCUCGCAAUGACGCAGGAGAGGUGCAGACCUCCACUUACCUGGCAGUUACUAGUAUUGCCCCAAAUAUAACGAGAGCCCCCCAGGACAGCACUGUAAUCGAUGGGACUGCUGUGGUACUGCAGUGUGAGACAUCAGGAGCUCCUCGACCAGCCAUUACCUGGCAGAAAGGUGAUCGGAUUUUGGCCAGUGGGUCAAUCCAGCUACCGCGUUUUACUUUGCUAGAGUCCGGGAGUCUGCUCAUAAACCCUGCCCAUAUUUCUGAUUCUGGCACCUACACUUGCACUGCCACGAACUCUCGGGGGGCUGAUGAUGCUUCUGCUGAUAUCAUCGUAUGGGCUCGAACCAGAAUCACCAACCCACCUUCAGACCAGAACAUUAUAAAAGGGACCAAAGCCUCCAUGUCCUGUGGGGUGUCUCAUGAUGUAAAUGUAGCUAUCAGGUAUGUGUGGGAGAAGGACGGGUUCCCUGUCGGUGUAGCAAACUCUCCAAGGCUCCAGCUGGACAAGAAUGGAACUUUGCACAUUUCACAGACUUGGUCUGGAGACAUUGGGACAUACACUUGCCGUGUUUUGUCUGUGGGAGGGAAUGAUUCCAGGAGUGCUCACCUACGUGUCAGGCAGCUCCCUCAUGCACCCGAGAACACAGUGGCCAUGCUAAGUUCUGUAGAGUCCAGAGCUAUAAAUCUAACUUGGGCCAAGCCUUUUGAUGGGAAUAGUCCUCUCCUUCGUUACAUCCUGGAGGUGUCUGAGAACAAGGCACCUUGGACCAUCCUACUGGGCAGUGUGGAUCCUGAACAAACUGCUUUAGUUGUGCGAAACCUUAUUCCAGCACGUUCCUACCAGUUUCGCCUGUGUGCUUCCAAUGAUGUGGGCAAGGGGCAGUUCAGCAAAGACACAGAACGAGUUACACUCCCUGAGGAGCCCCCAAGUGCUCCACCUCAAAAUGUUAUAGCCAGUGGCCGCACUAACCAGUCCAUUAUGAUCCAGUGGCAGCCUCCCCCAGAGAAUCAUCAAAAUGGCAUCCUUAAGGGUUAUGUUGUAAGGUACUGCCUUUCUGGCCUCCCUGUGGGCUACCAGUACCAGAACCUUUCCAGUCCAGACAACAGCCAUCUUCUUUUGGAGGACCUGAUCAUCUGGACCAACUAUGAAAUUGAGGUGGCAGCAUACAACAGUGCUGGGCUGGGAGUGUUUAGUGGGAAAGUGACUGAAUGGACCCUGCAAGGAGUGCCAACAGUACCUCCAGAGAAUGUAAAAGCAGAGGCAGUCAAUUCUACAGCCAUCCGUUUCACUUGGAACCCACCGAGCCCACAGUUUGUGAAUGGCAUUAAACAGGGUUACAAGCUGAUGGUGUGGGAGCCGGAUCAGGAAGAUGAUAUCAUUAUGGUCACAGUGCGACCUAAGUUCCAAGAAAACACCCAUGUUGGCGUUAUUUCUGGCUUAAAGAAGUUUACCAGCUACUUCACAUCUAUCUUAUGUUUCACUAGCCCAGGGGAUGGUCCACGGAGCACACCUCAGCUACUCUGGACCAAUGAGGAUGUUCCUGGACCUGUGGGACAUCUCAGCUUUGAUGACAUUCUAGACACUUCUCUCAGGGUGACCUGGCAGGAGCCUGAUGAAAAGAAUGGUCUACUUUCAGGGUACAAGAUCUCAUGGGAGGAGUUUAACCAAACCAACACUAGGGUCACCCAUUACCUGCCCAAUGUCACUCUGGAGUAUCGAGUGACAGGCCUCACCUCACUUACCACCUAUACCAUUCAGGUGGCAGGGAUGACAUCUAAAGGCCAGGGUGCUGUGUCGUCUUCCACUAUCUCUUCAGGAGUCCCACCAGAGCUGCCUGGUGCUCCAUCUUAUCUGGGCAUCAGUAACAUUGGAUCCCGUUCAGUUACACUUCAGUUCCGACCAGGAUAUGAUGGAAAAACCUCGAUCUCCAAGUGGUUGGUGGAAGCUCAGGUUGGCAGUCCCAGUGAGUCAGACGACUGGGUACUUAUUUAUGAGCUGGCAAAUGAACCUAAUGCUAGAUCUCUAAACGUGCCUGAAUUGAGACCUUAUAAUUACUACAGCUUCCGUAUGCGACAGGUAAAUAUUGUGGGCUCUAGCCCCCCAAGUCUACCUUCUCGGAGGAUCCAGACUCUACAGUCUUCACCCUCUAUGUUCCCAGCUAAUGUGACACUGCGUACUGCCAGUCAGACCAGCCUAUGGGUGCGCUGGGUGCCACUUCCAGAAAUGGAGUACAAUGGGAACCCAGAUUCUGUAGGAUACAAAAUCCGAUACACCAGGCAGGACAAAAAAAGUAAACCACUCAUCCAUGCCAUUUAUGAUCGCAUUGAGAGAGAGUACACUAUUGAGGACCUAGAGGAAUGGACAGAGUAUGCAGUGCAGAUUCAGGCCUUCAAUGCUAUUGGUGCUGGACCCUGGAGCCCUGUGGCUACUGCAAGGACCAGAGAAUCAGUGCCUUCUUCUGGUCCUACCAAUGUCUCUGCAUUGGCCACAACAUCAAGCAGCAUUCUUGUGCGCUGGAGUGAGAUUCCAGAGCCAGAACGGAAUGGCCUUAUUUUGGGUUAUAAGGUUCUGUACAAGGAAAAGGACUCUGACACUUCCACACAUUUCUGGCUUGUAGAAGGCAACUCUUCCCGCAGUGUCCAGCUCUCCGGCCUUGGCAAAUAUGUUCUCUAUGAGAUUCAGGUUCUGGCAUUCACAAGAAUAGGAGAUGGAGCUGCCAGCACACCGGCUAUUCUGGAGAGAACGCUGGAUGAUGUGCCAGGUCCACCAGUGGGCAUUCUCUUUCCAGAAGUAAGAACCACCUCUGUGCGCUUAAUUUGGCAGCCACCUGCUGCCCCCAAUGGAAUCAUUUUGGCAUAUCAGAUCACUCACCGUCUUAAUGCAACAAAUGCAAACACUGCUACUGUAGAAGUGCUUAAUCCAAGUGUGCGCCAGUACACGGCCACUGGUCUGAGACCUGAAUCCAUCUACCUCUUCAGGAUCACGGCCCAGACGCGCAAAGGCUGGGGGGAAGCAGCUGAAGCCCUGGUAGUGACUACAGAAAAGAGAGACCGCCCUCAGCCGCCCAGUAAGCCUACAGUACUACAGGAAGAUGUCAAGGCCCGCACUGUCCUUUUGUCUUGGGAUCCAGGAAGUGAUGGUCUUUCCCCUGUACGAUAUUACACCAUCCAGACCCAGGAACUGCCCAAAGGAAAGUGGAUGGUGCACUCGGCCACCAUUAGCCACAAUGCCACAUCUGCUAUUGUCGACCGCUUAAAGCCAUUUACCUCUUACAAGUUCAGAGUGAAAGCAACCAAUGACAUUGGUGACAGUGAAUACAGUGACGAAUCAGAAGCCCUGACUACGCUGCAGGCAGCCCCAGAUGAAGCUCCCACAAUGCUCUCCGUAACACCUCACACUACUACCUCUGUGUUGAUUCGCUGGCAGGCUCCAGCUGAAGACAAGAUUAACGGAAUCCUCCUAGGGUUCUGUAUCCGCUUCCGUGAACUCGCCUAUGAUGGACUAAGGAGUUUCACUAUGCAAAGCAUCAAUAACCCCAGUGCAAAGUGGGCAGAGCUAACUGCUUCCUACAUGAUGCGGAACCUGAGCGAACCAACCCUCACCCAAUACGAGCUGGACAAUCUGAACAAACACAAGCGAUAUGAGAUUCGGGUGAGCAUGUACAAUGCUGCGGGAGAGGGGCCUUCCAGUGUUCCUCAGGAAGUGUUUGUGGGAGAAGCAGUGCCCACAGCUCCACCCCAAAAUGUUGUCAUAGCAAGCGCCACAGCAGUGCAGCUGGAUGUUACCUGGGAGCCCCCACCUCUUGAAGCUCAGAAUGGAGACAUCCAGGGGUACAAGAUUUUUUACUGGGAAGUUCUGCGUAAGAAUGAGACAGAGAAGGUUCGGACGCUGUUCCUACCAGAGACUGGAGUCAAACUGAAGAACCUGACUGGCUACACCACAUAUAUGAUUAGUGUUGCUGCUUUUAAUGCUGCAGGAGAUGGACCCAGGGGACAGCCAAUUCGUAGCCAGACACUGCAAGCUGCACCCAGUGCUCCGGCAUCUAUCAGAUUUAGUGAAUUAACCACCACUUCUGUCAAUGUAUCCUGGGAUGCACCUGUUUACCCCAAUGGUAUCCUGGAGGGAUACAGGCUGGUUUAUGAGCCGUGCACACCUGUAGAUGGGAUUAGUAAGAUUGUGACAGUGGAUGUGAAGGGUAACAGUCCCUUGUGGAUGAAAGUGAAGGACUUGGCAGAAGGAGUUACUUAUCGCUUUCGGAUCCAGGCAAAGACUUUCACUUACGGGCCAGACAUUGAAGCCAACGUGACUACUGGGCCUGGAGAAGGUGCCCCCGGACCCCCAGGAGAGCCAUUUAUAUCCAGAUACAGCUCAGUCAUCACCAUUCACUGGUCCAGUGGUGAUCCAGGCAAGAGUCCCAUCACCAGGUACAUCAUAGAGGCUCGGCCAUCAGAUGAGGGACUGUGGGAUAUUCUUAUCAAAGACAUCCCCAAAGAAGCAACAUCCUACACGUUCAGCAUUGAUAUCUUAAAGCAAGGUGUGAGCUAUGACUUCCGAGUGAUUGCUGUUAAUGAUUACGGAUAUGGAACACCAAGUGCACCAUCUCCGGCUGUAUCAGCACAGAAGGCUAAUCCAUUCUAUGAGGAGUGGUGGUUCCUGGUUGUUAUUGCUCUCAUUGGACUCAUCUUCAUUCUCCUCCUGGUUUUUGCCUUGAUUAUCCGUGGCCAGAGCAAAAAGUAUGCCAAAAAGUCUGAUUCAGCUUGCAACCCCAAAACCAACACGUUAGGCCAUGCCGAGAUGGUCAGUCUAGAUGAAAGCAGAUUCCCUGCUCUAGAAUUAAAUAACCGGCGCCUAUCAGUGAAAAAUUCUUUCUGCAGGAAAAAUGGAAUUUAUACAAGGUCUCCUCCACGACCUAGUCCCGGGAGUCUACAUUAUUCAGAUGAGGAUGUGACCAAAUACAAUGACCUUAUACCCACAGAGAGUGGCAGUCUGACAGAGAAACCCUCAGAGGUAUCUGAUUCCCAGGGGAGUGACAGUGAAUAUGAAGUGGAGCAAAAUCAGCAGAAAACCCAUUCAUUUGUUAACCAUUACAUCAGUGACCCCACCUACUACAAUUCAUGGAGACGUCAGCAGAAAGGCAUAUCACGCUCCCAUGCUUACAACUACAGUGAGAAUGACCCUGAGGACAGCGAUCAAUGUAUCAUCCCCAACAGCAACAGUAGCCAACAGGGAAGCCUUUAUAGGCCAAAAUCAAGCCGGACUCCCACACCACAGCAAUCUCACAGUCUCCCUUCCCAAAAUCCCAUUUACCGUCCCCCAAGCAGCCUCGCUCCAGCAGCACGUCCUCCUAUUGCUGGAUUUUCAUCCUUUGUUUGAUGCAAAAAAAUGUCAUCACUUUAUCGCAGUUUCUUUGCAAUCGAAAAGAAACAUAACUAUAUAUAAAGAUAGUAUGUGUGUAUACUGUAUGUAGUACAUGCAUAUAUACAUAUUAUAUAUAUAUAUACAUGAAGAAAGGGGAGCCAAGAGGAUAAUUUGGGAGACAAUCAGUUGUGGUUUGGUCUCUUUUUGCUGCUUCAGUUAUGUGUAUUAUUCCAAAGGUAUUAGGUGCAAAACUGAACAAAUGUGAUGAGCGCACUCAUAUAAAAAUAUCCAUAUUAUGGAGAAAUUCUCUUUACCGAGAAAAAAACUGCCAAAGUUGAAUAUUCUACAGUUAAAAUACAGUGUUUCUGUUAUGUGCAUUAUAUUGGAAGGAUGUCUUAUUAUGAUACCAAGUAGAUGGACCAUUGGCGCAUAACCUCAUUUUGAUAGUGGUAUGGGUGCCAACUCCAAACUUCCAAUGUGGAUCUGGUUACAGAGGUAUAUAUAUUCACAAAAUCACUCCACCUACAAAUUUACAAUGAGGAGGUAUUACUUAAUUGAAAAAGAAUGUGUUGAACAAGUUCAAGGAGGCCCCAUACAUUGAAUAUAAUAAAGGGGAGCUCAGUCCCGCACUUUAAAGCGGCAACACCAAGAACAAUUUUUACUAUAGUGUUAAAGUAUAAUAGGAAGCAGAAUAAAUUAUACCCCAUAUUUAAUUCAGUGACCAUUGUCGUGAUUCACUCGAUGUAGAGGAAAUAUUUUUGACUCUACAGCAGAAUAACAUAUAUUUUUGGACCUCAGUUACAAGAUAAAGUAAGACCUGACUCUUUUUAUUGUGUUGCUCUUUUUAUACAAAUUUUAUUUGCUAUGUUUUGCAUAACAGUUAUUGAGAAUUUGAUGUGUGUAUAAAAUUUAUCAAGGCA